AUGUUACAUAUUCCCUUCUUUAUUCUAGGGAACUUCUUUUUCCUUGUCUUCUUUUUCUUCUUCUUCUUCUUCUUCUUCUUCUUCACUUUUUAUAUUUUAAUACCCUUCAUUUCUUAUUCUCUUGCUAAUUCACCUUUUAUGCAUGUCAUUAAUUAUCUGCCUUUUCUUGUCUUGUUAAAACCUCUUAUAACUUCUUCAAUUCUUCCCCUAUCAAAUUUGACUCUCACUAUUUGUCUUUUCCCUAACCAAGGUAUUAUCUAUCUAUCUAUCUAUCUAUCUAUCUAUCUAUCUAUCUAUCUAUCUAUCUAUCUUAUACUGUUUCUAUUUAUUCAUUAUCUAUCUAUACAUCUUAUACUGUUUCUAUCUCUGUAUUCUAUUCCUAUCUAUCUAUCUAUCUAUCUAUUCAUCUUAUACUGUUUCUAUCUAUGUAGGUCUAUUCCUACCUAUCUAUCUUAUACUGUUUCUAUCUCUCAAACUUAUACUGUUUCUAUCUAUCUAUCUAUCUAUCUAUCUAUCUAUCUAUCUGUCUGUCUGUCUGUCUGCCUGUUUGUUUGUCUUAUACUGUUUGUUUCUUUCUAUCUAUCUUAUACAGUUUCUAUCUCUCUAACUUAUACUGGUUCUAUCUAUGUCCGUCUAUUCCUAUCUAUCUAUCUAUCUAUCUAUCUAUCUAUCUAUCUGUUUCUAUGCAUCUAUCUAUCUUAUACUGUUUCUAUGUCGGUCUAUUCCUGUCUAUCUAUCUAUCUAUCUAUCUAUCUAUCUAUCUAUCUAUCUAUCUAUCUAAGAGUGUUCGUCUUUCUACACUCUCUCUCUCUCUCUCUCUUUCUCUCUCUUCUUCCCUCUUUCUCUUCCCUCUUUCUCCAUGUCCUUAUGUCUACACAUUUCACUUCCAGCUCAUCAUCUUUCAUCGUUCUUACGUUUCUUUUUCUUCUUUUUCACAUGCAUCCACAACCACAUAUAUAUGUCUUUCUUUUUACGUCAUUCUCUCUCUUUCUUUCUGUGCCCGUGACUCUCCUUUUCUUUUGCUCUCCUUCCUUGCUCUUCUUAUUUUACUCAAAUCCCUUAUUCCUCUCCCUACGAUAUAAUUCUUGCUUUCCCUUCUGGUCGUAUUCUUGUCCAUUGCGAUGCAUUCUUCUUCCUUCUUUUAACUUUUGCUUUUCCUCUCUUUAUCCUCUCUGUUUUAUUUCUCUUAUCUGUCAUUACUCUCCUUUUUCAUUUCUCUUUUCUCUACUUUUUCUUUUUUCUUUCUUUUCCCAAUUUACUCAUAUUUUUCUUGCUCUUGUCUUUGUCUAUCUUUCACUUUUAUUUGGCUUAUCUCUUCUUACUCUCCUUUUUUUCUUUCUCUUCCCACUUUUCUUUCACUUAAUUGUCAUAUAUCUUGUUACUUGUUUAUAUCUUGUUACUCUCCUUCUUCUUUCCCUUAUGUUCCCUUACUCUUCUCUUUCUUUUUAUCUCCCUUACUCUCCUCUAUUCUUUCUCUAUCUCUACUUUCUCUCCUUUUUAUUCUUUCUUUCAUCGCCUAAUUUUAACUUUCUUUCUUCUGCAGUUUUCUGUUCAUUUCAUUGGCUUACCUUUCUUUAUAAUCUUUGCUCUUUUCACUUAAAUCUCUUUAUUUUUCAUCAAUUAAUUCUCUUCUUCUUUUUCUUCUUCUUCUUCUUUUUCUUCUUCUUCUUCUUCUUAUUAUUAUUAUUAUUAUUAUUCACUUCUUUUCCCUUAAAAUUUCUCCUUCGUCUUCACACUCUCUCACUUCUCUAA